UGCCGAAAACGUUGAAUGAACCGUGAAUGGAGCGGACGACUUGAAUUAACGCGCUAACAACACUGAGUAUCGCGUGCAACUUUGCAACGGAGAGAGUGAUCUUCCAGCAGUCGGUGCCAAUACCAAUUCCAAUGCCGGCAUGUCAGUGUAAGCCAAACAGUUUAACGUGCAAAAAGCGCGAUCAAAGUGGCGAUCUUGCAAUCUGGCAAUUGUAGCGCGCGUGUUACAUCAAAUCUUGGGCGAAGUGCGCCAAAUAAAAAAAAACCACAGCGCAAUAAUAACAAAAAUAAAAAUAUAUGCGAAAUUAAUAAUUAUAAAAGUUGCACAACAAAGCCGCUUCGCAUAAAAAUACUACAUCCGGUUCUAGAGGUGCAACGCAAGUACUUCAAGUUAGUGUUUGUGUGUGUGCGCGUGUGUUGAAAAGUAUACUAAAACGCAAUUGAGAAGGAAAUAAAAGUGCAAGAGAAACGCUUGUUUGUGUACCUCGCAAGCGCUGCAUCGUACGCUUUAAGGUCUCGUUGCACGCGCAGGCGCCGCUUGCUUGCGCUCCUUACGCCAGGCCGCCAUAUGUGCGUCGCCGAAAGUGCAGUGCAAAUCAAAAGUGACCAUCUUUUCUAAGCAAAUAAAAAUCAAAUUGCGUGUUUCAAAUCUAAGUGAAAUCAUCUGUUGACUAAGUCUGUGCAAAAACGCCAAAUAUAAGUGCGCGCGCCGCACAGACCAAGCGUAAGCGCAACGGCAACUCCAACCAUCAUCUGCAUAAAUCGUAUGUGCCGCCGGCUUUUCAUACGCGCUGUUAACAUACAGUGCGCUCGUGCGUAUAUCUGAGCGACUCCAACUAAGUUAUGCGCUCCAGUAUCCCAGUGCGAUCGCUAUCAUUCGUUAUGCCCCACCGUGUUAUUCCGCCAUUUAGGCAUUUUGCAUUCUAUACCGCCUUAUCGGCGAACAGCAUCUCGCAUUGUACAACACCGGUCGGGCGUGUUUAGGGAGCGCGUGCGCGCUACUGUAGUUGACACUAGUAAUUGAAACCACUACCGCUGGCAUAUACGCGCUCUAUUAGCCCAUUGGUUGUUGGGGCAUAUAACGCGCGCGCCGCGGCCACGUUUGUCAACGCAUAUCGCUUUGCCACCAUCUCCGCUUUGCUAGCGCGCGGCAGCUAUCUAUGCGCACUGGUAAUUAAUUAUGUUUGCAUCGCGUAAGUUGACAAUCGAGUCGCAAUCGCUAACAUUUCAGCAGUGAAUUUGUGGCUACGAAGCCGCGUUAUCAACGCAGAUUUCAGCUUUAUUAACUUUUGGCAUAUGAACUUAAGUUUGCAGUUUCCGGUACCUAGUGCGUGCAAUCACGCGCCCAAAAUGCUUCGGGCAAUCAAAAUCUAAUGUGAAAUCAAUACUGUAACGAUACGUCCUUUUAAAGACUGAUUUUAUACGAGUGUGAAAGCAGAGUGAUGCAAAAACUAAAAAAAAAUCCCAAUAACAAAAAAAAAAAUAAAACAAAAGAGUGCGAGAGCCAAUCAAUUAAACAAAGUAACCAACGUCAAUCAUAAUUCAAUCAUGAAAUUCAUGUGUGCUUUGUGUCAGUGAAACCACCAAAUGGAGUGCAAACCAGCGGUCGAUUUAAUCGUUUUAUUUUCAGUUCUAUUUCCGUUUCAUUUGUGUUCGCCUUCUCAUUGUGUUUUCGUUUUCUUUUCGCGUGCCUUUUUGUUUGAUUUUACGCGUGAAAAUGUUGUUAGCAAUGCGUCGCGAGAGUGAACACCACCACGCCGCAGUCACAGCCACAGUACCGCCAACCGUCCCAGCAGCCAGCGCCACCGUCGUCAACGUCGCCACCACAGAGUCAGCACCGGUUAGUGUGUCGGCCACCACGAAUGGUCUUGUAGUGCCCUGUGUUAGUACAGCACUUCAGCUGUCACCCAACUUAAGUGUCGCCGCAAACGCAACGCCUUGUACCAUACAGCACCAUCAUCUGUUGCAGCAACAACAAUUGCAACAGCAACAGCAAGAACUGCAACAACAACACGCACAACAUUUACAGCAACAACAAGCGGACUCAUUAAAUACACCCACAACACCGUUGCUGAACUUGGGUCGUAGUCCCUUGCAAUUUCCGCCGCCACCACCACCACCUGUACCCGUACAAGCCGGGCCACAAUUCGGCUUCUAUACACCUAGCACGGGUGCAGCCACUUACCUGCAUCCGCAUUAUCCACUGCCCUCGGCUGUACCAACGUCUGUUGGCACUUCACUGCUGCCAGUCAACACCGGAAGCGCCUCUUUGGCGAAUGGCACACAGCGUUCCAGCUCAGCCCAGUCGACGGAAUUAGACGAAUACGUUGACAUCUUACAAGUACAGCAACUAUUGUUGGACUCAUCAGCGUCUGCCAGUCAGCAGCAAGCUUUGGCCGCAGCUAAUGGCGCUAAUACGAGUACGAGUGGCAUAACUGCGACGACCAGCUCACAACAGAGUUUGCCCAAACCACGACCGCGUUUGAAUCUGCAAAAGGCUUCGGAAUACGCUGCUCAAGUGCAAGCGGAGUCUCCAUCUUCUCGUCGCAUGCUGCUCGACUAUCCCAGUCCAUAUUUAUACGGCAACCAUUACCACUCGUCGCCCAGUGAGGACCUCGUUGCCCUCUGGUUCGGCAGCAAUGGCUCAGGUGGCGUAGCCCCUGGAACCCCAUCAGCGGCCAUGAUCAUGGAAGGGCUUGAAACCCUUGUGGCGCCAUCGCAUCACGCAUUCCUACUAACCGAAUCCGCCGCCGCCGCACACUUCAAUGUGCUGAGCUUCGAUACGUGUCUCUUCAAGACCACCGCACAGACUAGUCCCUCGACCGCGGCCACAUCGGCGGCCACCUAUCUCAGCACCCCAUCACAUACAUUCGGCGGUGGGCAUUUGGGCGCCGCCCAAACGCUACUACACUACAAUCUCUCCACGGCGAAUAACAAUCAUCAGACCGCCAUCGCGUGCGGCAGCAGCAACAGCAACAGCGCGUGCAAUACACCGACCACCAAUAAUAUAGCUACCUCCGCGGCAGCAGGCACAAACUCAGCGCUCAGCGCUGCUAUUUCACGCACAAAUUUCACGCGCAUUGGUGUUGCUAACAACAAUAACAACAACAGCAGCAGCAAUAGCAACAGCAGCAAUAACAUCUGUAAUACAGUAGCGACCGCAGUGCAGCAAGCGAACGCGACGCUAACAUCACCAACACUCGCGGUCACCGCAGCCAACAAUACAAAUAAUAACAGUAAUAAUAGUGGACGCAAUUCCGCUACACAUUUGAGUUUGCUCAAUUCCGCACAACACAGUCCGAGCGGUCACGCGGCAGCCAGUUUAGGUGGCGUCGUCGCCACACCCAACGGCGUAGAUAUCGCGAGCGGUGUGGUUAAGCAGUCGCACCAGUCAUUGCCGUCGGACGCGCAGUGCGGUGAUACGCAGACGGGCGAUCUGAAUACGCCCGUCACCACAUCCAACGAUAUUCCAUCAUUCUUCGGACCAUCUACCAUUGUUGAGCCGCCACCCAUUACAGGUUCCAUCGAAUCCGAGGAUUUGUCCCUCGAACCCCAGCCCACGACCAGUCCGGUGCUGUGCAGUCCAUUGAAGGAGGAGCGCAGCACGCCGCCAACUUUGGCAAUUGUCAAGGAAGAAACAAGUAAUAAUAGUUGUACCAUGUACCCUACACAUCUAAGUCAGAAUCAGACAACAACAACUACAACAUCAGCAACUAGCACGACAUUAUGUAAUAAUACCGCCAAUACAAGUACACAAAACAAUACACAACAACAACACCAUCAAAGCCAACAUCAUCAUCAACAGACACAGCACACACAACACCACCAACAACAUGCCGGCCAACACUCACCACACCACCAUCACCCGUAUCAACAUCAGCAGCAGCAGCAGCAGCAACAACAUCACUUACAACAACAACAAAACCAAAUAACACACCACAAUACCUUACACCAACAACAUCAGCAACAACACCUGCAACACAAUAGUCAUCAUACACACCACCAACAACAGCAACAACAACAACAACACCACACACAUUAUCAGCAUACGGCGCAUAGCCUUCAUCAACCACACGCCCAUCAACACCACCAUCACCAACAACAUCAACAACAACAACAGCAUGCGCAACAACACCAACAACAGCAGCAACAACAACAACAACAACAAACGCAUGCAACUAGCAAUAGCAAUAGCGGCAAAAUAUCAUAUCGUGGCAUUUUCACCACUACAGGUAAUACAGCAAUGAGCGGCCUGCAUUCCGCAGCCGCCGCAGCCGCUGCCGCUACCCAGCAACAGCAGCAGCAACAACAACAACAGCAGCAGCAACAGCAUCAACAAGCUGCCCAACAACAGAUUGGUUCGCCACAAUUGAGUGUGCUGCCUGGACAAAUGUCACCACCGUCCGCCGGUCUUGGCAAUAGUUGGGGUCUACCCAGCCCCGAUAAGACACUCUUUCAACCGCCCAUAUUCAGUUUACUUGGACCCGGUCCACAGAGCACAGCGCAAGCGCAUUAUGCCGCCCAACAAAAUAUGGCGCAACCAUCGUCCACUCCCUCACCCUCCCAUCACAUGCACACCGCCGGCUACGAUGACGGGCGCGCGGCUGCACAACAUGUCGAGCUGCUCGGCCUUAACAUGGACUGCUCGCCGAUUAUAUUGAAGCAGCCGCCGCCAAGCUAUAGCAGCACCAGCAGCUUCACCAGCCUUGCUGACAUGCAACAAGCGCAAGCCAAUCAUGAGCUGCAACAAUACCGCCAACAAAUAUCCGUUGCCGCGACCAAGUAUCAGUGGCUGGAUUCGCCGGCCGAAUACGGUGGUGCGCAACAGUCCUUGGUUGUGCCUGGGCCGUCAUCCGCAACCUCUUCCGCCGCUGCAGCGUCUGUAAUUGGUGGCAUCAUUCCAAAGCAAGAAGCCUACUCGGAUCCCACACCGCCGCACCAUAUGCAACCGCCAUCAUCGCAAGGCAGCCAGUCUGGCUACUCUGUUGUGCAGCUAGCUGAAUACAGUCCGUCGACGAGCAAGGGUCACGAAAUACUGUCACAAGUAUAUCAGCAGAGCACCAUGCCGCUCAAGUUGGUGCCGGUGAAGCCACGCAAAUAUCCGAAUCGCCCCAGCAAAACGCCUGUGCACGAGCGCCCCUACGCCUGCCCCGUAGAGAACUGCGAUCGGCGUUUUUCGCGUUCCGAUGAACUUACCCGCCACAUCCGCAUACAUACCGGUCAAAAGCCUUUCCAGUGUCGCAUUUGCAUGCGCUCUUUCAGCCGCUCGGAUCACCUCACAACGCACAUACGCACGCACACCGGUGAAAAGCCCUUCUCAUGCGACAUCUGUGGUCGUAAGUUUGCGCGCUCUGACGAGAAGAAACGCCACGCCAAAGUGCAUCUCAAGCAACGCAUUAAGAAAGAAUCCAAGCUUAGUCAACAACAACAGCAGCAGCAACAACAACAAGCCGCCGCCGCAGCAGCAGCGGCUGCACAACAGCAACAUCAUCAUCAUCACUCGGCCCAUCACAUGCUUCAUUCCGGCGAUUUGCCUAUUGUGACGAGUAGCGCCACUAGCUUGUAGGCCGAAACAAAUUCAUCAUCGAAUGAUUCCAUUGCACGAACAACUCCGCCAUCAUCGUUGACAACAACACCGCUAAUGGUGCAGGACUGGCAUGCGGAGCUUUCAUCGCCCUUCUCACCCAAUACUCCACUGGACGUAAUGCCCACAGCGGAACUUUCAUUGCGCGGCAAUCGCAGUGAGGUACCGCCUACGGCCUUCCCCUUCCCAUUAGACAUAUUUGGUGAAUACACUGAAAUGCCCGAAGACAGCGACCUAACCGAAGAUGAUGCAUUGUUGGGUAGUGAAGACUACGAUAUGGAAGAAUACGAAGAAGCCGAAUCCGAACUCGAUAUGGAGCUGAACGCGCGCAACGAGUGCAACGCCAACAACAGCGCCAUCAGUACUGCUGAAGCGUCUACAAACACCACUUCAAUCAUACGUAUGAAAAGCGACAGCACAAACGUAUUGUCGGUACAGCGGUUUGGCAGUGAAAAUGACAGUGAGUCUGUUGGCAAUAUACCGGUGGCCAUAUUGCGUGGUCUCAACACGCGUACAGCGUCAGUGGGCAGCAACCAGGAUAUGGUAAUAGUAUUUCUUACACAGUAAUGCUAUCAUUUAUAGAUUCAUAUUUUCACAAACUUUAUACAUACAUAUUUGUCAAAGUGUGGUGAAUCCCUGGAAUUUAAUUGUUGAAACGUGUAUAUUGGCACUUGGCAGUUGAAAAGUAUUGGAUGAAAAGCUUUAAAGUUUUGUAAAUGCAAAAUCACUUUUCAACUUUAGAUCUGUUUACAGCUUAAAGAGCAAGCAUUUAUGUUGCCUUGUUUUCAAACUAUUUAAUUGGCAACGCUAAAAGUUCUUACACAUGUGCUUUCGACUUUUGAGUGGAACACAACAAAAAUGUUUCUAAAAUACUUUUAACGUUAACUUUUAAUCUUAUUUGCAAAAAAAUAAAGUAUUUACGUAUUUUCCAUAAUGUGCUUUUGAAUUACUAGUGACAGUUUCGAAAGCUUUUAAAAAGCUUUGGUGCUUUAAAACUCACAAAUAUGUUAACGAAAGCUCAGUUCACAUAUUUUAUAGUAUUGAAAAGAGAAUUCGUUAUUUUCAUUAUUAUAAACUGCCAAUUGUCAAUAUAUAAAGCUUUCACUCAAAUUUUGUGAAAUCCAACAAACCACAAACAACAUACAAUUCUGAUCUACCGCACUAAUUAAGUCCAAAAAAACUAUAAAAUCUUGGAAAACAAAUCUGAAAACAACUCUACUAUAAAAUCACAUGCGUGCGAAACACUCGAUGAUGAUUUUAGUAUGAAAUAUUUUUAAAUAUUAAAAAUAACUGAAAAAGUAACAAAUAUGUAUUUCAAAUUAGAUAUGUUAAAUUAAACAAAUAUACAAAAACAACAUAGUUUAGCUAAUUAAAAAAACCAUGAAACACGAAAACAAAUUCGCUGAAAUUUGCGAAGAACUCAAAGGAAAAAAUUAAGAAACUAAUAGAAGUUAUAUUAAAAACGCUUUCAUAGGUUGUUAUAUUGUUGACUUCAAAAGUUUAACAGACCGAAACUGUUUGCUAUCAAAUAUUGCUGUUCAAAACACAAACAAAAUCUAACAAAAUACAACAAAAAGUAAUAAGAAAAAUAUCAGCAAGGUUCGAAACCAGCUGCAAAUACAAGACAUUUACCAUAGUUUAGCCUACUAUAAAGCUAUUAUUUAGUCUAAAAUUUACGAUGUUAUUAAGAAAGUUACAAAAACUGCAAAAGCAUAAAAAACUAUGCAUUAAUAAACCGUUACAAACAAGAAAAAAACAAAGCAAAUAACUUUCCACUAAAUUCAACAUAAAAACAUUUUCUUUCUCUGUAUGAAAAUAUGAACAGAAAUAACUGUUAAUUAAAAACAAUAACAAAGCCAAGUAACGACUAACCAGCGCAUAAGUUGCUAUAAAAAAACAAAAAUUAUGUUGAAAGGCAUGACGCUUGCUGUUUCAAGCGAAAAACACAGCAGAUUUAGCACAAAGCAAAACUUAAAUUAACUUAUAUCUCUAAUACUGUGAUCUCAUUUGUAAUAAAUUAAUUUUAAUUUUAAACUUCAAUUAAAAACGAAUUAAAAACGCAAAAACUAACAUUUAAACUAAAAUUAAUUUAAUUAACUAAAACUUAAUUUAAUUCAAUAAAAUUAAUUUAAUUAACUAAAAUUUAAUUUAAUUAACUAAUUAAAAUAAUUUAAAAAAAGUACGCCUCAUUAAUAGCUAAUUAUUUCACAUAAUUUAUUUUACAUUUUUAUUUUUAUUUUUUUAAUAAAAAAAUUAGUAUUACUUUAGCAUAUGUACUUUUAGCAACUAAACUCAUUAACUUGAAAUACUAAAUUUCCAUACUAAUUUAUUUAUUUAUAAUUGUCCAAAAUUCGAAAAACGAAAAAAAAAUCACAACAACAAAAAACGUCCAAAAAUUUGUAUUUGAUUUCUCUUAAGUGUUGCAUGUUAAAUGUUUGCAAGAAAAACAAACACAAAAAAACCGCAAAUAAUUGUAUACUUAGUACAUACUUACUUACACAUAUGUGUGCAUACAUAUUUUUAUGCGUAAACGCAUAUUAAACACCUAAGUUUUAAUUAGCAUUUAAGUUUUAGCUCUUUAAGUGCAGCUGUAGGCGCUGGAAUGUUUGGCCUUUCGCCGCCAAACUGUCUUUAGCAUAUCGAACAAUAGUGGAACCAGUGAAAUUAUGUAAGCCUACCGUAAAUAUUAGCAAAUAAGUUCGUUUGUAAAUUUGUACUUCUAAGUUAUAUCUACAUAUAUGCACAGCCAUUUAAUGUACUACCUUGCGCACUUUACCUUUUAUUGUUUUGCCCUGUAAGUGUUUUUAUUGUCUUUUGAAAGCCCUUAAUGUUAGCAUGCAAUGUACUCGUUUCGUUUGUAAAAAAAUUAAACGUUUCUUAUUUGAUGUAAUCAAUAUGCUUUGUAAUGAAAAACAAAUUAUUAUAAUAUCUAUAACUUAUAUGCCUAGCAGCGCGCAUUUGUUUUCCUUUAUUUUGUUAAAAAUUUAUGUUUUCUCUAUUCAAACUGUUUGUAAUUACUGUUUAAUUUUUUUCUACGCCCGUUGAAAGCAUGAAAAUGCUAAAAAAUGCAAAUAAAAUACAAAUAAAAACAAAUACAAUUAUUGUGUAUGGAAAAAA